AUGCUUGCCAGCAGCAGCUCCAACAGGCAGGCACGGAAGGCUGAAAAGUCGCUGCGCGGCCUGGCGCCUGACCAGUCCUGGCCUGGGACCAGACCGACUCCGCCGCUGAUAGACAUCAACAACUUGACCGCCAUCGCAAGCGUUCUGCAACCAUCAACGACGCUCGACGCACUUCACUACAACCACUUCUCUCGCAACAAUUUACGCGACGCCGAUAUGAGACUUACAGCCGUCGCUGCCUGCCUGUUGGCCCCGGCUGCGGCCUUGAGCGUCUUCAACGGCAACGCCCCCGACGCCAUCGCCAAUGGCGAUAACAAGAUACCUGGAGAUUCUCCUCUCGAGUUCUGUCCCGGCGAUCACUCCAAGGAUCUUGUCACGAUUGAGAGUGUGGACCUGUCGCCUAACCCGCCCAAGGCUGGCAAUGAGCUGGUCAUCAAGGCCAAGGGCACCAUCAAGGAGACGAUCGAAGAGGGUGCUUAUGUCCUGCUGACCGUCAAGUACGGCCUCAUCCGCUUGAUCACCACCAAGGCGGACUUCUGCAAGGAGAUUGGCAACGUGGAUCUCGAGUGCCCGCUGGAGGCUGGUGAUCUCGAGAUCACCAAGAGCGUGGACCUGCCUGCCGAGAUUCCUCCCGGCAAGUACACUGUCUUGGCAGAUGUCUACACCGCCAAGGAUGUCCAGAUCACAUGCCUGACGGCGACUGUUGCCUUCAGCCGUGGCUCAUUCUUCAACCAGGACUUGUAG